AUGGCACACACGAAGCGAGGGAGAUUCACCGUGGAUCUGUCCAUGUGCACACUCAGUAGCCUUCCUACAGAUACUCUCUCUGUGGAAAAAGAGAAUGAUGUGCUUUAUCGCCUUUUAGAACUGCUUCCUGAGCGCUACACGAGCAAAGUUUUGGAAGAGCAGCGAAUUCCCGAAGGCCUCAUCGUGCAGAUUCUCAUCAAGGCUCGCGCUAUAAUAGCUAGUGAGCCGAUUCUGGUCGAAGUAGAUUCCCCUGUUUACGCUUGCGGUGAUCUACACGGGCAGUACUACGACUUGGUUAACAUUUUCAAACGAUGCCCACCACUGGGAGGCACCGUUUUCGGAACUGAUGCGAAGAAGGCACGUAAAGAGUCCAGCUCAGCGGUCGAUGAUAAAACAUACAGCUUUCUCUUCCUUGGCGAUUAUGUCGACCGCGGCGCUCGCUCCGUUGAGGUCGUUGUGACACUGCUCGCUCUCAAGAUUAUUUCUCCACGGCACAUGACCAUGCUUCGCGGAAACCACGAGGACGAACAAAUCAUGCUCUUGUAUGGGUUUUACGACGAAUGCAAGAGGCGCUAUGGCAUUAAGCUUUUCAAAACGUUCACCGAUUUUUUUCGUGUUCUGCCUGUGGCGGCCCUGAUCAACGGCUCCAUUUUCUGCGUCCACGGCGGUCUCUCCUCGGAGCUCCGCUUCGUGCGAGACAUCCCGGACGCGCGUCCGUGCAAUGUCCCCCACUCCGGCAUCAUUUGUGACCUUCUCUGGGCAGACCCCGAAACAGAUCUGCCAGCUGGUGUUGACUGGGCCCCGAGCUCGCGCAGAAUUUCAUCUGUGUUUUCCGAACGGGCACUGGAGCGGUUUUUAGUCGAGAACGACAUUGAUUUGGUGUGCCGCGCACAUCAAGUGGUCGAAGAAGGAUUCCAGUUUUUUCCGGAUCACAAAAAGCGGCAUUUGCUUACCAUCUUCUCGGCAACUAACUACUGCAACGAGUUCGGAAAUAGAGGCGGCAUUUUACGUGUGGAUGAGAAGGGUGUAUGCAGCAUCAUCACGUUGGAACCACCGGACUUUGUUCAGCAGCGGGAUAUCAUGCUAUUUCGGGAUCCACUUCCAAACCCUCUGAGCCACGAUUGA